AGUGAGAAUGACCGAGCAGGACCGCCUCGUUACCGCGGUCGGUCUGCGGUCCUGCCCCACACCAGACCGUCGGCCUGGGGCAUGUGAGAGUGACCGAGCAGGACCACCUCGUUACCGCGGUCGGUCUGCGGUCCUGCCCCACACCAGACCGUCAGCCUGGGGCAUGUGAAGACGAUAAACUUGAUUUGAGUGUCAUCGGCAUGGAAAGCUUUUUAUUUAAAAUGUAAACAAAACACAAUCAAAAAUAACAAAGUGUAAAACAAGUGGGAUUGUAAUUAAUUGAAUAGUUUGCCAAUUAAGAGCAAAAGGUGUACAUUCAGAAGAGGCUCCCAGGUAUGUGCGAUAUGGGUGUUCUAUUGUCUGAGACGGUGUACGGAAAUGGGUAAUUCUGCCCAUUUUUAAUCAACUGCAGGAGCAUUUGAAAGACCCUCAGAUACCUCCCUCUUUUCUCUCAGUCACAUAUGGAGUCAUUAUGUCUUAGACGCACUUGCGAACCAGACCGUACAGAGCCUAUUUUACAAACAACUGGCUGCGAUUGCAGAGAAGCCAAAACCAGGGGGAAAAGGCAUGUUUUAUGUUAGGGAGAUGGAUGGGCUGUUGUUGAUGUGCCAGCAGUGGUGGAGCGGCCAGGGAAUGUGCAAUGGCCGCUCUGUUGCAGAUUCUCAGUGCGGGGGCGUGGCUAACAUGUGCAGUGCUAACCUGCAGCAGUGUUGCGUGUUCCGAGGGCAGGCACGGGUGACCUGCUUUGUGGGCGGAGCUAAGCUGUGGCUGUUGCAGGUUCGCGGUGUGGGCGGUGCUCUUCGUCAUUGGUCGGCUCCUCACCCUGUCCCUGUCCGUUCUCACUGUGGGAUUUGGUCUAGCGGGGGCAGAACAGCAAGGCCCUUACCUGGCCACAGGAAACUUUAACAUGCCCUUGAUUCGGGUCACUGUGCUGGGAGGGAUCUGCACUACACAGGCCUUCAUGGUGUGGAAGUUCAUUAACUUCCAGCUGCGCAGGUGGAGGGAGUUCCAGCAGCAGCUGAGGAGACCGGCCGCCUCGAAGAGCAGGUCCAGGAGAGACAGAGGAGGAGUUAAUGGGGUUAAUGGAGCUUUGGGCAGUGGGCCAGAUUCACCAAGAACCAGGAAAGAGAAGUCCUCAUAACCCCCACCCCCACACCCCCCAAAUGGUCACCCAGACUGAUGGUCCAUCAUGUGCAAUGCUGCUGUUGCUUUAAUAUUUCAGAGAGCACACUUUUACACACACAGGUGUACACAUGCUCACAUCCUUGCUUUUUAUCUCAGGUCAGAAUUGAGCUUCAGCAUGUAUUUCCCCCCAUUUAAAAAAAAAUCCUGACAUUCAUCUACUGACUUUAAAGGGAACAUGAACUAAACUUUAUUUUUAAGUGCCUAAAAUUACUGUAUAUUAAAGGGGUUCUAAACUUCCAAGCUAUCAGAUUUGAAGCUACUUGUAUUGUGUUUUUGGAAGCUCCAGAUUUGGAAAUGAGUUUCAGAUUUUAUGAAAACAGUUUAUGUCUUUGGGUCCCAUGAUAUACAUCAUACUUCAGGUCCUUGCUAAUUAAAUGUGAGCAAUCUCUGUUGAUGAAUUGAGGAGUUUAAACCUUGCACACUUUUCAUAAUUCUUAGUUUGGUUGCAUGUGAGAGUGCAAUAUUUGCGUAAAUGUGUAUAAAGCUUUAUUUUCCCCUGGAAUAAUGUGCUAUAAGCUUUAAUGAUACGUCAGGUUUGAAUGCAGUUCAAAGCAUCAUUUAAUUGGCUGGUGAAAAUAAAUGUAUAUUUUUAAAAAUGGUAGGCCUGAACAGUGACAUUUUUACAUGAAUGAUUAUUUGUCUAAAAUGUGGGGUUGCAGCCACAAUACUGAUUCCUACAUCACUGCAUUAAGGUCUUGCGCUUUAGAUGGGCACACUGCCACUCCCAAGUUUUUCCUCCUUUUAAAAGCCUGUUCUGUGUUUUUGUGUAGCAUUGUACCUGUGUGGAGUUUGAUGUUGUGUAAGUGUUAUUCUCAGGAAUGGAAUAUUCUCUGAAACUGAUUCUGGGCCAUUUGGGAGAGAGUCCAGGAGAGAGAGUCUCUGUCAAAGUUAACAUAUUUUUCUCAUCUGAAAAUGUCCCCACAAAUGUAAGUAUUAUUGUAAUAAAUAACUUAUUUUGUAUUAA